GAAGGGCAACCGGAAGUGGCCCAGUGUGGGCGUGUCCCUCGUGUCCGGGCCAUUGUGUCUUGACUCUGCCCUCCUCUGUAGAGACAGGUGUGGAGACUGAGUCCUCCCUCAUCCAUCCAUCCAUCCAUCCUCCGCCUGCAGUGAUGGCCGCCCGCCGCCCGCGCGCUCCGUGUCUGCUGCUGCUGCUGCUGACCGUGGAAGUUCUGUCCCAGAAUGGCUUCGACCUUUCGGAUGCCCUGGAUGAGAAGGACGAGCCAAAACUGACUUCAGAAGAUUCGUUGGAUACAGGGACAACCACCACCAAAGCGCCGGCCAGGGUGACGCCAAAGGCCCCAAGAAGCACCAGGCAGCCACCCAAACCCAGAACCAAGCCAGCUGGAGGUGACUUUGACCUGGCCGACGCUUUGGACCCUGGCAUGGACCCUGCACCUGGGGACAAGAACAAGGGGCAAGGAGGUGGAUUUUCUGACCAGGAUCUGGUGGAUGUGGGGAAAGACAGCUCCUACAAACCCGACAAAGGCAAAGGGUCAGGCGGCAGCAGCAACCGGAUCGACUCGUCUGACGACACAAACGAGACCACAGCAGAGGUGGGAACCAUCGCUGGGAUUGUGAGUGCGGUCGCCAUGGCGCUGGUUGGAGCGGUCAGCAGCUACAUCUCCUACCAGAAGAAGAAGUUCUGCUUCAGUAUCCAGCAGAGCUUGAACACUGAAAUGAACAAAAAUGAGAGUCCUGAAGGUGUGGUGGCAACAGAACCUCAAGCUUAGACUCAGCUGGAGCAGCCCCCCCCCCCCCCCCCUUGCUGAGCAGUCACCUGGAAGAAGUACUCACACCUACGUGCACACCCACAGACACAACACACACACAAACACGUGCAAAAAAAAAAAUCCUUGUUAUCCUGCAGCUCUGUACUGUAGAGGCUGGGAUGUCGACCUCUCUGAUGAAUGUGUUCAGCCGCAUAUCAAUGACUUUUCACCGUUUCUGGCUUCAGAUUUGCCCCAAAAGCUUCUUUUUUUUGGACUUUUUGUAAAUGAUGUCCUUGUUUUUAAUGCCGGGAUCUUAAAAUGUCCCAAAUAUCUCAUGAUUGAAACAGUCAGGAGUGAAUUUGUAGAAUAAUCAGUAUGGUGACGCAACUGGAAAAAGGAAACUAUCAGAAACAUGGAUCCCAUCCAGAAAAGGGGAUUAGGUUCACCUGCAGCUGAAAAAGAGACACAUAUAAUAGACCAGAAUGCACUUGUCGCCUCCAAUUGAAGGACAGGAAAAUGGAGAAACGCCUACAAGGAUUUUAGCAAAUGAAUUGAGAGGAUUUUUUUUAAUGUAAGCAGUUUUUUCCUGCUGACACUCUGGAGGCAGAGAGAGCUGAACUGUGUUCACUCUGUCAGAACGACAUGGAUCUGCCUUAAUGCUUCUUCAUCUAAAACUUGACAAAAAGGAAGAAAGCCCCCCCCAGCAGUGGAAGAAGGAGUGCAGUAUUUUUAGUUUUUGUGCCAAACCUUCCCGCCCUUCCAAACCGUCACCAAGAAGCUGCUUCUUUGCCUCAUCCCUAACCGGGAGCCUAAAGACAUGAAGACAGGAAGCCGACGCGUCAGAGAGGAAGGUCCACAGGAAGAAGCCCUCUGCCAAACGGAAGGUCCCGAAAGACCAGCUGAACUUCACCCCCAACGCAUAAUCACUAACAUCUGGCUGUGUCUUAUUGUGUUCACAGCCAGAUGUAGAAGGACGACACUUAUGACGCAGGCCGAGUCCGAAUUCUCCCCCUGCGGGCUCUUACCCCUACAUUUAGCCCUGUAAACAAAACAGAGGUUGUAUCUGAAUUCCUUCCCUACUCACUACACAGCGCGUUCGCCAUUUUGCAGUGCUGUCCGAAUC